GAAAAAAUCCUACUUUGAGAUGUCGUUGGUCAGUCACAAUCCUCGCACGUGUGCACUCUCCAUCUCGCCCUUAACAGGUCGAAAACGGGGACCGAGACCAUGUCUGUGAAUGCUGUGACCACCAGUUCCAGCCGCGUGAGCCACCACAAAUAAAUCAAUAAUCUCAACCUGUGUCGAAAACCGCUGCCUUUAAAUCGACUGUGACAGAAAGGUACCCCUGUCGUUUUAGCACCUACUCUCCAUCCUCGUCCCCCUUCAAUUCGAGAACGUUUACGUCCACCUAGGAAGGGUCUUUCUUCAAAAUGCGCCAAUAAUAUUCUCAGUAAAUUACGCACAUAAUUUCGUUGAUUUUUGGGACUGAAAUCAGGGGACAAUAAUCUAAUGGCGAAUUGGAUCUCCUCAAAGCUCAAAGUCGCUGAAACACUUCUGCAACAGAUCGAUCAGCAAGCAGCAGAGUCGCUUGGAAAGAACGAGAAGCCACGAUCCGAUGACCAAAUUUUUGAUGCUCCGACGAAAACUGGAGGCGCUGUUUCUUUGAAAGAUCAGCUAAAGAAAAAAGCUCCUGAAAACAAUGAUUAUCGCGGCAAAGUGCAAAGUGAUCCCAUUUUUAAUACGCUCAACAACGGCAAUGAUAAUAGUAAAGUCCUCAAUAACCGUGUUCAGGAAAAAGAGAGUGCAGCUAUACCGACGCCUUCUCCUAAACCGAAGUCUACGCUUACUGAUAGUGACUGGACAGAACUCCUCAGUACGUCCACUCAGGUAAAAAGCGCUUCAGGGAGCCGUAAUAGUAAUGGGGUGUCUGCAAAUCGCACGUUGAAAAAGGAUGGGAUUAGACUGGGGAGUUUAGGGCCAAAUCUAGCGGGAUCGGAGGGGAAGAGGAAUCAGAAGAGAAGUAUCAAUGUAGCUAAGUCUGCACGGAGACCGGAUACUGCACUAGAGAAUAAGUUAAAUGGAAAGCCCAGUGAUGGAGAGGAGUCUAGUUCUUCAGGGAGGUCUUCUAGUGUUGAAAUGCAGAAUGACGGUAAGAGCUUCCACAAGCAGGAAGAGGAACAUAAGAACCCAAGCGAGAACCUUUUGGAAAAAUCAAAAUAUAAGGGUGAGGAAGAAUAUGAUAAGAAAAUUCCUUCCAAGGUGCCUUCUCUGGAAAGCUUAACAUGGUCAGCAAACAUGAGUCUUCCUGCGGGAAAAGUGUCAGAAUUAGGAAAAGAUAAUAGGGAGUUGCAUGUAAAAACAGAUGUUAAUUCUCUUGGUCAGUUGAGAAGUGCUGUAAGGAGGAAACAGGAAUCUAAAGCAAGCUCUCACAGCUCUAUUUCUGAUGAUCUGAAGAAAGGUUCUUUAAUAAGUGAUGAGGAAUGUGAUUCAGACUCAGAUUCUGGUUCAUCGUCCGACUCUGAAAGGGAACGUGAGAGGGAGGAGAGGAGGAGGAGGAGGGAGAAGAUUUUGGCUGAGAAAGUGGCAGCUAAAGCUGUGGAGACCAUCAAGGAACAAGAGAAUAUGGUCGCCAGAUUGGAAGGAGAAAAGCAGAGUUUAGAGAAAAUACUUGAAGAACAAGCUAAACAACAAGCACAAGAGGCUUCAAAGCUUCAAACAACUACGAUGGAAACAAUGGAAGCUGUUGAGCUGGAGAAGCAAAAGCAUAAUAAUACUAGGAUGGAAGUUCUUGCACGAUUGGCCAAACUAGAGACUGCAAAUGCUGACCUUGCAAGAUCCCUGGCUGCCGCACAGAAGAAACUGGAAGUAGAGAUUAACCAGAUAGCAGAACUGCGAGAACAAAUUGGGUUGAAAGAGCUGGUCCAUGGAGAACUCAAGAGGAGGAUCUCUGAGACUCACCAGACUGGAACGUUCUUGAACCAACUAGCAGCUGCAAAAGGAGUUCCCUUUGAACGUGAAAUUCUAGAGGCAGAGUACGCUUUUGUGACUGAUAAAAUUGGACGAUUGCAAGACAAGGCAGAGAAGUUGGAAGCAAGCCUUGAAAUGAUGAGAAAAGAAAUGGAGGACCCAACAGAAGUAGAAGUUGAGCUGAAACGAAGGCUUAGUCAGCUGACUGACCAUUUAAUUCAGAAACAGGCUCAGGUUGAGGCUCUUUCUUCCGAGAAGGCAACUCUACUAUUCAGAAUUGAGGCAGUUUCAAGGUUCCUAGAUGAUAAUAAGUCUGUACUUAUGACUGAUGCAUCAUAAGAUCUAGAAUCAGGAGAAUGGGAUCUUGCACAGACAACUGAACCGAUGUUCGAAGACAAAAUCCGAUCUGGAAAGAAGCACUUCAGAUCUCUGGUUCAGCAACUGGAUGCUAUAUUUUUAGCCGGAGCUGUGUUUCUGACGAAGAAUCCUAGCAAGCUGUGGUCUCUGGUUUACCUUGUGUGCCUACACUUAUGGGUGAUAUAUAUUCUUUGCUCGCAUUCGCACACAUCGAAUGAAACAAAAUCUGGGGCUGUCAUUUCCUUUGCAGAACAUCAAUAACACUUCAGGUGUAUGAUUUUGCGUUACGCACCGUGCAUUCUUUUUCCUUAAUUAUUCAUUUGUCUUCACCUCGAGCUUUAGGAGGUCUCUGUUAUGUAGGCUGAGUUCUGCAGUUGUAACUCCCACAACUAAUUACUUAUUCCAUCUUUAGAAAUGUAAUUAUAUUCAGUGUAUAAAGUUCAAGAUACUUCUCUAAUACAUGUUGGAAACCUCAUAUGGGUCGAACUGAGCCCCUUAGGAAGAUCUUGGAAGCAUCCAUGAUCAAUUUUUGAAAUAAUUACUUCAAGUGUUGCCUAAUUGGAGAUGA